ACGAUCCUUGUGUCUUUCCAGCGCAGCUGGUUUAACCAUCAAAAGAUCACAGUUCGCAGGGUCCACCCAUCAUCCUCAACAGCCAACAAAUCCAAGGCUCGUAAGAGCUCACCUAUACAAGAUCGAAAAGACGCAACAUGCAAGAAUUGGCUUCAUUAGUACUCGUGGCACUGCUACUAGUGGCAUUUUUGCUGGACUCCGCGUCUGCCUUUGUGGUCCGGAAGGAUCAUUCUUCCUUAGUAUUGUUUGCUACAACCCGCCGCUAUGGACCUCCCUUGGGAGACGAUUUUUUUGAAUCACCACGUGUCCAAAAAGAAAAAGACCAGACGCAAGCGCGCGAAUUUCGCUCCCUGCUGGACAAGGUCCUCACAGCACUGGAAUCGGAUCGACCCGAGCAUAUUCCAUCGCUCCUCACGAAACACGCCGAGCUCUUGCUGCGAAUGCCGGGACAUGUCGUGACGGAAUUGGUACAAGAGGCACUGCAAAAUGACAACACUGACAAGGCAAAAGUAGAAGAAGCACUGGAAAUGAUCGUGUCGUUUGUGGAAGAUUUCGUGGAACAAUCCAAACAACUGGAUGAUCAGCACAAGCAAUUGUUGGGCAAAAUCAUUCGGACCAUGACGACUUUGUCAAAAAGUCAGACAGAACGACAACGAGAAGAAUCCUUGGAUCAAUUUUUGCAAGAACAUCGCCACGAAUUUACACGAGGAUUUUUACGUCAUUUGGAAGGAGAAUGCGACCGCAUUCAAAGUGCUCCCAGUGUGACACCCGACAGUCUCAAACUCAAAGAAACACUAUUGGUGAUUCAUGCCCGCAUCCUCGAAGAAAUGGCCGUCGAUUGUUUGGGAGAAGGCGCUCUAGUGUUGGGACAGUUGAUUGCUUACGAUGACAAAAUCGAACGCAUUGCCGUAUUAGAAGCGGGGUUGCAGGUGCGAGGCGUCGAAUUUGCGCAAGAAUUGGCCGCAUUGACCCAAGAAGCCUUGGAAGGCUUUCAACAACAACAAGUGGAUCCGGAUCUGGUCACGCGAGUGCAAGAAAUCGAUCAGAGGGUACAGGAAUUUGUAGAAGAGAAUGGGACGUUUCAAUAGUACUACAAUAGAAGGAAUACCGCAUUCACUACAUACCAUCUAUAAAACCCGUCCAGUACAGUGUCACUAGUCAGCGCAAUAGGCGGACGCAUGGGUCCAGGAGCGAGUCCAGACGCGAUUGAGCACCGAUAGAUUGAUUGGAUAUCUAAACCCCCGUUGCAAUACGGUAGGAUAUUGCCAUACCCCAUUGGUUACCAAUAAAAUGAGACCCUCCAAGUACACCACCCCCAAAAGGGGGAAGAUUGUUCCAAGUUCUUAUGUAUUUCAUCGAUAUUUCUUACUAUGGCAUU